CUCGCACUCCACUUGCUCGCCUCCUCCCAGAUCUCUCCCACCCCACCCCCCACCGCCGCCGGCGAUCGAGGCGGAGCAAGCGACGGGAUCAGGGAGGGGCAUGGACGGCGGCGGCGGCGGGCUGGGCGGGUUCCAGUGGACGGCGGAGGAGGCGUCCACGAUCGGGGGCAUCGCGACGGUGUCGCUGCUGCACUCCUUCAUCCCCACGCACUGGCUCCCCUUCUCCAUCGUCGGCCGCGCCCAGCACUGGCCGCUCUCCCGCACCCUCCUCGUCACUGCAUUUGGAGGCGUCCUUCAUGUUGUUUCCACUGCUCUUCUUGGGAUAACUGCUGUUACUAUGGCAAACACUAUAGCAGGCGAGGAAACGGUGCAUAAACUUGCCUCGCUGUUGCUGAUUAUUCUUGGAGGAAGUUAUAUCCUGUUGUUUGCACUAGGAAAAGGUGGUCACAGCCAUGCUCAUAAUCAUCCAAUGGAGAAGAUGGCAGUUGCAGGUCUUGUACUUGUGCCUGCAUUAUCACCCUGUGCAACAACUCUUCCAGUGUUUCUUGCUGUUGGCAACUCAUCCUCCAUGAUGAUCCUUGCGAUCAUUGUGCUCCUCUUCAGUACAAUCACAGUAAUGACGUCCCUGGUGGCGCUCUCAUUCUACGGCGCUAGCCAGAUUAAGUUCCACUGGGUGGAACGCUACGACAAGAUCCUUGUUGGAUCAGUUCUGUGCCUCGUUGGCGUGUUGACAUACGUAUUCCAUCACCAUGACGGCGGCGAUGAGCAUUCUCUCCAUGAACACGUGCACCGGAAACUUGUGGGUCUCUAGAGUCGUGGAUUGCAAGAUCUGAAUAUGAAUCCAUCUUAAGGCAGCUAGCCUGCUUCCUGGCAUUGUCUGGAAGUCUGAUCGAGCUCGAACUGCAUGGCUUUGCUGACUGCUGUUGUAGUUACCUGUACAUAAAGGUGUCUUAUCGUUUACUUAUGGGACAAUUGCAAAUGGGAAAAAUACUUGAAGCGCAUCCGUUAAAUGAUGUGCACUGGCGCAUAAUUUGGUGGUAAUGCAGAACUGGAAAUCUGAUUUGGUUAUUGCGAGUGAUUAAUUGUAUUAGUUGGUUUAUGCAUUAGGAUUAUUAAUUAAUUCAUCAACGUUUGUUUUCAAGGUUUUUCAUCGGUCAUAAAUAUUAAAAUAUAGCUGCCCAAGUUUUAAA